AUGCAGAGAUGUGGGUAUAAUCAAAAAUUCUCAUUUGGCUGCAAAAUUGCUGCUGCUUCUGGGGUUAAUAGUAGCAGAUCAAAGGGUUUAGAAUACAAGCUCGCCAUCUAUAGUUCUCCUGGAUGCUUUAGCUUGAGGAUGAUGAAGAUACAGGGUAAAUAUGUUCUGGUUUAUACAGGUCACGGUGGUCAGGAUAAGCUCCACAGAUUUCAGAUUGCUAGUCUGAUGUGGGGAAGUCUAGUUUCGGAAUGUAUAAGUUUAAAGAUUAAGGAGAAGUGCUUGGAAACUAGAGAGUCAGUAGCCAUUAAAAAGAUUUUGCAAGAUCGGUGCUACAAAAAUCGUGAAUUGCAAUUAAUCCGACUAAUGGACCACCCUAAUGUGGUUUAUUUGAAGCAUUUUUUCUUCUCUACAACGAGUAGAGAUGAGCUCUUCCUCAACCUUGUUAUGGAGUAUGUACCCGAGACUUUGUACCAGGUUUUGAAGCACUAUACUAUUUCAAACCAGAGGAUGCCUUUUUUUAAUGUCAAACUUUAUACAUACCAGAUCUUCAAAGGCUUGGCCUAUAUCCAUACUGCUCCUGGUGUCUGCCACAGAGAUGUGAAACCACAGAACCUUUUGGUUGAUCCCCUCACUCAACAGUGUAAUCUGUGUGAUUUUGGAAGUGCAAAAGUAUUGGUGAAAGGUGAACCAAACAUAUCUUAUAUCUGCUCUCGGUAUUACCGAGCUCCAAACCUCAUUUUUGGGGCCACAGAGUAUACAUCCUCCAUAGAUAUAUGGUCUGCUGGUUGUGUUUUGGCAGAGCUUCUUCUUGGUCAGCCGUUAUUCCUUGGAGAAAAUUCUGUUGACCAGCUAGUGGAGAUCAUCAAGGUUCUUGAUACUCCAACUCGAGAAGAAAUCCGAUGCAUGAACAGGAUCUUUUAA